ACAAAAAUCUGGCUCUCCGUCGCGCGCUCUGAUUGGUCGUCAUUCCCCAUGUGUUCCCGCUCGAUCUUCAGAAAAGACAAUAAGACAAAACAUUUUAUCCGGCAUCGUAUUAUGCAGUCUUGAGUUGACGUGUGUGUUUGAUUAAACGACUCCUCUGCCAGUGGUGCCCGGUGUUUCGUUCAUCGAGCGACAUGGUCGCAGAUCGCAAGCCGAUGAGUUCGUCUUACGAGGCAAAUUUUUUCCAGCUCCUGGAGCGGUUCUCCAGCAAUGUCGACCGGGACGAGGAACGCAAUGAAGCGCUCAUUUCGAUGUUGGCGACGCGGGAGUUUCAGCUGUCGCCGAAAGGGCUGGAACGGUUCCGCCAGGAGUGCAUAGACAAAUUGAAGCCAGCCAUGGAGAGACUGAUGGCUGCUCAGAACAAGUCGUGGGCCGACGCCUGGGUCUUCGUGGUUGAGCAAAUGGGCGUUUAUCUGCACUCAGACAACAAGUUCCUCAACAGCAUGCUCAGCGUGCUGGAGGCGGGCAUGAAGCGCAAGGAAGAGGAGGCGAUGAGGCUGUCGUUAGGCUGCUGGGUGGUGCUGAUCGACAACUUCGCUCUGAGCCCUAAGAUGAUCAUGGCGCAGCGCCGGGUGUCCCUGCUCACCAUUCCCCUGAAGGCCAAGAACGUGCGCGAGGCUGAGGUGGUCGAGAUCAAGUUCAAGGUGUGGUGGCGCCUGUUCCUGGCGCUCGGCGUGCACACGGACCUGCACGUCGAGUCGGCCACCAAGCCCUUCCUCAUCUAUGCCUUCGGACCCUUUGAUCAAUCAACGUCGCACCUGCUGUCCAAGUUCCCCAGCGUCGCCAAGUUGGCCCUGAAUUUGUUGACGGCGCUAGUGGCCACUGGCGUUGCCGACCUUAAUUUCGAGACUGAAUUCAGAAGACAGAUGCCGUUCAUCAAGGAGGACAAGGCCUUCCUCUGCCUCGCCGAGUGGAUUGUCCGCUCCAUCAACGCGCUCCUCCAGCAUCCAGAGCCGCUCCCUGCCAAGCCGCUGGAGGUUCUCCUCACGGCCACCUUUCACAGAAUCAACUCCCUCUACAAGGACAACCCUGCCGUCGCCUCAGACGCGCUGGCCCUCCUCCUUAAGGUGCUCAGGAACUCCCUGGCACCGAGUGUCCUCACACAUGAGCCGCACAGGGAGCUGCUGCUUGCGACUGUUGAAGCUGCUUUACAAAAACUUUCUGAAAAAUUGUUGGACUCUAAGCUGAAGAAUCUGGACAGCACCUCGCCGAGGGACUGCUUUUUCAAACUGCUGUGCUGUCCAAAUCACCUGUUGAUGCACGCCAAGCCUACCAUUUCCAAAAUUGAAGAAAAACAAUUUGUGCUGCUGGAAAAGCUGAUGACGAUGCAAGGCACUUUGGUGAAUCAGCCAGACCGCUUGGCCAGAGUGAUCCUGCUGGAAAAUGCCCUCAACGAACUGCAGGAGAAGGCGUCAGAUGCAGAUGUGGCCCGCAAGUGUUUUCACUUGUGGGAGCAGUGCUGCAGAUUCUUGCCAAAAAUCCCGCGCGAGUACUCGAGUCAAGAGGCCAACCAGCUGGCGCAGAAGGCCUUCCUUGAGCUGCUAUUACUUCCCUUCAGGGUCAUCCUCGUCAGCGGUCUAGUCGAGGGGGAAAGUUCGAUCGUGUAUGCCCUGAAGAACCUGUUCUUCAGCUACUCUGAGAUCGUGCACUUGUCCCUGUCCGUGGACAAGGAGGACCCGUGCAAGCAGCUGUACGCCGAGCUGGUCCGUCUGCUCGAGCGGGACGAGUUGUCGCCUCCAGCUUUUCAGUUAACCGUCAAGAUCGUGUACAAGUUCGCCCCGGCACGCACUAGCAUCCACUACACAAAGUUCUUUGGGAAAUCGGGUGGACACGAGGCCGAGCGCGCUGAGCUCCAGCUGCUAUCGCGGCUGAUCGGGCUGCUCUGCACGCUGGCGCCCAAAGACCCCGCGGCCGCUGGAAAAUCGACGCCGCUCGUCGCCAAAGCCUUAGGGAAACUGGUGCUGCUGGUCAACUCGUCCGACGUCAUUAUUGAAUCCAUCAACCUCUUCCACCAGCUCUUCACGCACAGCCCCGUUAAUCACUGGCCAAGCAACAGGAUGGAUGUGACGGACCCGUGGUCUUCAAUCGUCACUCCGUUCAAAAGAGUUUGGGCUGACGUUGCGAGGUUGCAGCCAGCUCUUGAAGAACUGAAGCCCAAGCUGGAAAGCCUCAUCGAGCACAGAGACGUCAAGGUCUGCAACGCUGCCAACGAGAUGCUGUCUUGCUACUCGCAAUCGACAGACUCUCAGAGCUCUCAAGAUUCUACGACGCCUGUACAGAGGAUAAAGCCAUCGAGGAAAAGGAGUUUCCUUAAUGUUACUCAGCCAACCCCUCCUGCUCCUGUUAGCCAGACAGUCCAAACGCCUCCAAGUCAAAAGUAUUUGCCGGGCAAACCCAGCCUUGAGGAUCUGGACUCGCAGGACUUUGUAAAAAUUCCAAGCCAACCAAAAAUGAAGAAGCCGCUGACGCCCCACCAGAAGGAGGUGAAGAAGCGGCGGCGGGACGACAUUCCAGCGUUGUACCAGGGUCUGUCGCAAGAGGCGGAUCAUUCGCAGGACACGCAGGACUCCCUCCCGAUCGUUGAACCUCUGAAGGAGACGGCGGUGGUGACUGCGCCGUUCGCCCCCAGCGUGUGGGACGAGGAGGCCGUCGACAUCGACCUCGUCUCCGCGCGCAACACGUCGCUCACGCCAAAUGACGAGAACUCUUCCCCAGUGAAGCAGAGUGACGAGAACAAGAGCAUGAACUUCCAGGAGGAGUUGCUGCUCCCGCCACCUCAGCCAGCUUCUGAUGAAGAGAUGAAAAUUAAACCUGACUCAAUUGAAGACGACCUGGUGGAGAAUUCUCAGACUUUCCCAACCAUUCCCGUCCAGUCAGAAGCCAGGCCGGACCCAGAGCAGACUGCCCAGACGCUGAGGACGUGCAACAGGCAAGGCGUGGCCCUGCCCGCGGUCAAAGCAAGCAAAGAAGUUGAGAAGGAGGAAGAGAAAGAGGUGGUAGCUCCCACAAGCAAGAGGAAGAGCUCUACGCCAGUGCGGGGCGCGGGCCUCAAAAAUCUCAAAGGUGGUCGCGCGGCCACCAUGCUGGGCCUUGUAAAGACUAAAGAGACAAAGCAGCCUGAGGCAGCCAGCGUGCCGCAGCAGGUCAUGUCCAUCCUGAAGACGCCGUCGGACACUGUGACGGAGAAGCAGAACAACACGUCACCGGUCGGCAAGAGCGGCAAUAUUCUUGUAGAAACUCCUGUGAGUUCGAGCAGGAAGAGAAGCAAUCUGAAAAAGGACAAGACGGAUGAAUCUCCGUCGCCAAAGCGGUCGAAGCGAGUGAGUUUCGCGGAGCCGGUGGUUAGCGGCCAACAAGAUAGUCCAAAAAUCCUACAGGACCCGCAUGUAUACCAGGGAUAUUACCAACGCUUCUCGAAGAAACUGAAAUCGUCCAGAAAGCUCUCAAUGAUAAACAAGCCUGUUGACGAUGAAGAUCUGAAACCAUUGCUCGAUUACGAGAUCUUCCGCGACGAACCACUCAUCCCUGCUCUAUGCGAAAGCAAGAUCCCAGCCAGCAGCAUUGUCGGCAAGCUGACAACCCCAGAGCUUCAGAACGAGCUCCUGCAGUGGCUGGAAGAACGGAAAAUCAAAACGUUGCACGACUUUAAUUUGCUCUCUGGACAAGGUGUCUCUGAGUUGCCCAUUUCUGAGCCAAAAACAGUCUUGUUCGUCAACGUCCUUAUGGACUUUGCUAAAGACCUACCGACUCAGUCCAACCCCAACGGAGAUGAUUCUGAUUGGAAAGACUCGACAGAGCUGCGGGAAACGCUUAUUGAUAAAUUAAACAAUGAAGAAUCUGCUCCAUUGCCAAGAUAUUUUGACUCGAUCCCGAGCAUCGAGACCGUGACAACCCACCAAGACACUAUUCCUGUGAUUGAAGAAGUGGUUACACCACCGGAAAUUGAAUCUCCCGAAAUCAUAGAAAAAGUGCCAGAAGAGGCUGAAGCUCCGCCAGUCGAAGUGGCAGCCGAAGAAACGACUGACGAGGACCUGUCCCCAGAUCUGAUAGAGUCGUCACUAGAACAAGACUCCGAGACCAAAAUUGACGUGCCUGCUGAGAGCUCUGUUGAGGCAACAGAAGAAAAAACGGAAAAAACAUGCAAGUCCGCCGAAGAGCUCUUCAACAUGCUCUCUGAAAGCGAAAAGGAGAAAUUCAGGCUGAUGUUCGCACCGAUAAAGGACGAAAAACACCCCGCAGAGACGGUAAGGGAGGCGCUGAGCGACCUGCCGAGCCUGGACACCGUCUUCACGGACAUUGAGGACAAGGUCUGCGAGGCCCUGCCAUUGUCAACCAUCGAGAAUCGAGUGUGCAGCCUUUUACAGACAGACGCCAGUUUCCUUUCCGACCUUCCUGCCAGGGACCUCCUGAAGCCUGUCUCAGACAAGGCCCUGGCUGAGGAGGUGCUGCGGAGACUACAGAACGGAGUCGUCGACCCAGAGAACUCCACAGACGCCCUGAGGUCCUUCUUCUUGGGCAAAAUUUCGGUUGGAGAUGUGCUCUGUCGGCUCAAGCCGGGAACCCUGUCCUCCAAAUUGGACUUGAAGGAGCUGCUCGUGGAGGCCAGCGACAGGGCGGAGGAGCCGCUGGUCGACCAGACGGCGUCAGACGCCUUGGAGAAACUGGCUAGCUGCCUGCCAUUCUCGACCCUUGAGCGGGUGCUUUGUGAACAUAAGAGUCUCGACGAGGAGACAGCCUUGCGGUGCAUCAGGGUGCUGAUGACGCACACCUCGGAGGACAAAGUCGUGGACCUGAUGGCCGCGGUGCGCUUGAUGGUGGACGAAACCGAAGGGAGGAAAUUGCUGCUUGACCUGCUGCUGAAGAAGGUUGAGGACGGAGAGGUGAUGACCGCCUUUGGACAGAAGCGAAUCACUGACCUGAUGACCGUCGGCGUGCUCAGCGGCGACGUCAACGCACAGGAGGCCAUCAACGACGUCUUCUGCGCCGAACAUAUCGUCGAGGCGGCUUGCGGACUUUUGCAGGACGGCGCCUCCGAGGCCCACCUAAAUAAGUUGCUUGACGCAUUCCCCAGGGACAUUCUAGCCGCCUGGGUCGCGGGACUCAUCCUCCAGUAGCCCGGCCGCCGUCCUGCCUGUACAUUGUUAGCUUGUAAUUUGGUUAAAAGCAAUUUUUAAUGACGUCCAGAUGAAAUUUAAGGUGUGAAAGAGAAACGAACCAGUGACUUUUAUCUAGCAAUUUUAUUUUCAACUGUCAAUAAAGUGUCGGUUUAUUUACAAUCGGUGACUCAAUAGAAUAUAAAAGAACAAAA